CUAUCUCUUCCUCUGUCGUUCAUUCUUCAUUCUUCAUUUCGUCCAUUUACAGCAUGGGGGGCUGGGAUGAAUUGUGCGUGCUUACUGGUAUUCGCCCCCUUGGUGGUCCCAGGAUCUUGACUACGGAAGUUGACCUCACGGCUACCGCUAUGGCAGAGGAGAUUUCACGUAACUCAUCCACCAACAUUACUGAGCUCAGAUCAACAUUAAAAGAUGCACUGACACUGUGCAGUAGAUCAGCCAUGGACCAAAAUCAUUGGUGGCCUGACGGCUUUGGAGAUGGGGGCUUCUUUGACACUGCCAUUGCCAUUGGGUAUUUUGGCCAGUUUGGUGAUUGUAAUGCCAUAUACUGGGAUGAAGGACGUCCCCGUGCAGCUGGAGGGCGAGGGGUAGAGUUACGGAGGGUGCGGAGCUCAAAUGGUUAUGGAGGAUUUAAUAUUCUUCUUCCUUUGAAUGAAGCGAGCGGCACAGCGUCACCUUGGUAUAACAACAUAGUGCGAGAAUCAACCUCAUGCACUUCCCGCGACCGCAAACCCAAUUUUUUUGUUCUCGAGGGUCCAUACCGCUAUUUAGAGGCUUGGAUAGAUCGUGGCUCCCUUCCUGUCCGCUCUCUUGCAUUUCCUCAGGAUUCAAAUGAUAUGGGUUUUGCUAGUGAGCUAUAUGAGAUCAUUAACUCCCGAUUACAAGGUCGAGUGGAAUAUGAUUGGCACGAACCCCGAGUUGCUGGCUACCUCCCUGGUAUAGAAUAUGAUGGGAUUGAAGCAUCUGAAAGUGGUUAUCAAGAUACAUUUUACGGGACCCGGAAAGGUUCUCAUUGGACCGGGCUUGCAAUCUCCCGAGGACUACAAGGCAAAGAGCUUGUUCCUUACCUCAUUAAGGAUUUUAAAGCAUGGAUAUGCAUGCGGCCUGACCUAUGGCCAUCUCCUCCGACUACAUUUACUUCUCCCUUUGUAAUAUUAAAGGGAGCUUGGGCCCUAACCAACUUGCAUAACUUGCCUCAAGAUGUGCUACUGCAGAUUUUUGCACUUCUACAACUUUCAGAUAUUAUGAACCUGUCUAGCACAAGUAAAGGCAUGCGGCUGCUCAUAACAAACCCAGGUAUGCUAAGUGCUAUCCUCAGAUGGGAAGUACUAAACCCGCAUGGACAAUUACGCUGGAUAUUGCCAGUUGCGGCAUUUCCAAAGGAAGUGGAACAGGCAGAGAAAAUUGCGCAAGAAUGGCUUACAUCUUCCUAUACACUUCAUUAUAAUCAAAACCCCACAACUUCUACCAGCCUGAUGUCUGCAUUCCAGAACCAAGCAUUUCCCUAUUAUGCUUUCAUUCCCACAUACCUUACAGUGAACACAAGUAAUGAGUCAUUCUCAAUGAGUAGCAGAAGAAGGUUGUGGAAACAAGUGCAACAAUUUCAAAAUCUUUGGCUGGAGUACCGAACAAACGGAUGGGAUACAGACAUUUUUCCUGCAUUCAAUCCAAAAACAUUAGAGCAGCUUCAAAUAGCAGGGAUGGAAUAGGAAUAUAUAGUAUAUAUAAAAUAGUGACUAUGAUUUUUCAAUAUCGUUUUGCCAGUGUGAUAAUCUUCGGAUUGUAAUUCGGUUCAUAAUUGUUCAUUGUUCAGAGCUGUGAGCAACUAUGAGGUAG